GGCUGCAUUGUCUUAGAGUCGCCACUAGAGGCACACUGGUCCUCUGUUGUCAGUUUAAUGGGGUAGCAAACCGCUUCCAGAGCUAAAUGACGCCGCAUCAAGAAAUGGACCGAAUAAAUAUACAUCCGCUGUCCGACUACUUUAAUAAUUCGAAUGACUUCAAAGAUCCAGACCUGCAAAAUGACACUGAAGAACCACUGCUCCGAGAAAACCCCAGACGAUUUGUCAUCUUCCCCAUCCAGUACCUUGAUAUCUGGAAAAUGUACAAGCAGGCACAGGCUUCUUUCUGGACUGUGGAGGAGGUUGAUCUAUCCAAAGACCUCGCCCACUGGGACAGUUUGAAAAGUGAGGAGAAACACUUCAUCUCCCAUGUCUUGGCAUUCUUUGCUGCAAGUGAUGGCAUCGUCAACGAGAACCUGGUGCAGAGGUUUAGUCAGGAGGUACAAGUUCCUGAAGCACGUUCUUUCUACAGCUUCCAGAUCCUUAUCGAGACUGUUCACUCAGAGAUGUACAGUAUGCUCAUCAACACUUACAUCAGGGAUCUGAAAGAGAGAGAUUAUUUAUUUAAUGCCAUUCAGACGUUGCCUUGUGUGAGACGAAAAGCAGACUGGGCACUCCAGUGGAUAAAUGACGGCAAAUCUACAUUUGGAGAAAGAAUUGUGGCUUUUGCAGCAGUGGAGGGCAUCUUCUUCUCUGGGUCCUUUGCUGCCAUCUACUGGCUAAAGAAGCGAGGACUCAUGCCUGGUCUUACUUACUCAAAUGAGCUGAUUAGUCGGGAUGAGGGUUUGCACUGCAACUUUGCCUGCCUGUUGUACAGUUACCUGGUGAAAAAGCCAACAGAAGACAGAGUGAAGGACAUUAUCACCAAAGCCGUUAGCAUUGAGCAGGAGUUCUUGACUGAGGCUUUGCCAGUGGACCUGAUUGGGAUGAACUGUUCUCUCAUGAAGCAGUACAUCGAGUUUGUGGCUGACAGGCUGCUUCAUGACCUCGGCCUGGCCAAGGUUUACCAAUCUGAAAAUCCAUUUGACUUCAUGGAGUCCAUUUCAUUAGAGGGUAAAACCAACUUUUUUGAAAAACGAGUGGCAGAGUAUCAGAGAUUUGGGGUGAUGUCAAACAUGAUGGCCAGCGAAUUCACUCUUGAUGCUGACUUUUGAAACUGAGAUUACACCAGUGGUAAUUGUUACAAUAGAUUUAUUUAUUUUUGUUUACCUACUGUGUGUGUCCGUCCGUGCACGCGCUGAUUAAACUGAAAUAUGUCUUGUAAACCAGUUACACUCUUAUUACAGCAUUACAGGGUUUUGCAUAUGUUAAAUUGUUAAAUUUUGCAUAUGUGGAAAUGGGCAAACAAAUUCUAAUUUUGUUUGGAUGGAAUUGGAUGGAAGAUGUUUAGUCUGCUACCACCACAUUCCAGAUAAGAGACAGAAAAUGAGUGAAUGAAAUAAAGAAUUUCAGAUUUUCAUUGCCUCCUAAACUUGAAUGUAUUUCUGAUCUGAUGUAAAGGGUCACAUUGUGCAAAAUCGGUUAUCAGCUGUUCAGAGUUUCCCCUUUAAAUAUGGUUUGCUUUUCAUAUGAAACAGUCCAAUGCCCCAUUUUCUCUGCAUGCAUGCACUCCCCUGCAGUACAUUUCAGCCUGUAUCAGCACAUUUUAGACUUCUUGAAAUAUGUUACAGACGUCCAUAUUAUCAUUUCUGCUUGCUCUAUGAGACACACCCAUGUGGUCUGGGAUGAGAGAGACAGAUGUCUUGUCUCUCCACAGAGAGACUCUCCAAGAUGAGAAUAUUUUUUUAUGCAUUAUCUGUGUUUUUUGGGUACAUUUGGCUGUAUAAUGUUUUUAAACACCUGCUGACAGAUACUGACUUGCUCUAAUGGCAUAUAAUGUGACCCCUUUUUAAUUAUAGUGGAGGCUUCAGACCUGCUGUGGUGUUUUAAC